CUCCCUCAUUAUCUUUCACCUUUCCUUUCUCUCCUACCUGUUUUGAAUGCAUUCUCUCAUCUUUUUGGGUCCCUUGUGAAUCUAGAACCACUACAUAGCUAUACCUUUUUUUUCUUCUUCUUUCUUGCUUAGUUUAUCUUAAUGCCUGAUAACAUGAGCAUAUCUGUUAAUGGACAAUCUCAAGUCCCUCCUGGAUUCAGGUUUCAUCCAACUGAAGAAGAACUUCUUCAAUACUAUUUGAGGAAAAAAGUCUCUUAUGAGAAGAUUGAUCUUGAUGUUAUUCGUGAUGUUGAUCUCAACAAGCUUGAACCAUGGGACAUACAAGAGAAAUGCAAAAUAGGAACAACUCCACAAAAUGAUUGGUACUUCUUCAGUCACAAAGAUAAGAAGUAUCCAACCGGGACGCGAACCAAUCGCGCCACGGCUGCUGGGUUUUGGAAAGCCACGGGGCGCGACAAAGUUAUAUAUAGCAAUGGAAAAAGGAUUGGAAUGAGAAAGACUCUUGUUUUUUACAAGGGUCGCGCCCCUCAUGGCCAAAAAUCCGAUUGGAUCAUGCACGAAUAUAGACUAGACGAUAACACCACCACCAGCGACGCUAAUUUGGUGUCGAAUGUGAUUGGUGAUGGUGGUCAAGAAGAAGGAUGGGUGGUGUGUAGGAUAUUCAAUAAGAAGAAUCAUCUCAAAACCCUAGACAGCCCAUUAGGCUCUGGAGAGGGAAGAAGAAGCCAUCAUUUGUUUGAUAAUUGUGAUGAAGGAGCUUUGGAGCAAAUACUUCAACAAAUGGGAAGAGGUGGUUGCAAGGAAGAGAAUUAUGAAGCAAAUUACAAUAACAAUAAUUAUGGAAGGUUUACAAGGCCUUUUGAAACUAGCCUCAACAACAAUGGUGGUUAUAACAAUGAAAGGUUCAUGAAACUUCCAAGUUUAGAGAGUCCAAAAUCGACAAGCAUGGAGAACAAUGAGAACAACAAUGAAGGGUACCAUGCAAUUAUUCAAGUGGAUGUGGCUAAUGAAAAUGAAGGGUCAUUCACUAAUCAUCAUCAUCAUCAACCCCAUAACAACAUGGUUAAUAAUCCAUUAGAAGCAUCAUCAUCAUCAAUGGUUAUAGCCUCAUGUGGUGAUGGUGGUCUUACUAAUUGGGUAGCUUUUGAUAGGCUUGUUGCUUCUCAAUUGAAUGGACAAACUGAAACUUCUAGGCAAUUGGCUUGCUUCAAUGACCCCACAAUGGGAUAUUGCACUAAUGAUCAUGAUCUUCAACUUCCAACCCUUAGAUCUUCCUCAUCAACUUCAUCUCUAUCGACACACGCUAGAGCUACUACUUCUACUACCGCUACUACUACUACUUACAUUAGUCCCUCGCAUGAUUAUGCGAGUGAGAUUGAUCUUUGGAACUUCGCCCGAUCAACUUCUUCAUUGUUGUCAUCUUCUGAACCACUUUGCCAUGUCUCAAAUACGUCAGCGUGACCUAAUAAACUAAACAAUAAUUUCUCUUUUUUCAAUUUUUUUCAUCUCUUCUUUCACCUCCCUUGUUCGAUUGUGAAAUAGAUAAAUAAUUAGUAUUUGAUAUCAUAUAUAUCAUGUUCAGUUUUUUAAUAUCUCAAGUCAAUAAGGGAUUAUAUUAUUACAAAGUAUAUGUUACAUUGGAUAAUGUUUUUAGUAUAUACAGAUUACUUGAUUC